AAAUCUCAUAUUACCUACAGUCGUGUAGUUUUGUUUUGUGAGGAAGGUUGGGUCAUUCGAAAACACUUCCCUCUCAAUUUGAAACAGAAAACGACACAAUAUCACGCUUAAUCACAGACUGUGAAGGGAAAGUCGGGUUUGAAUCGUACCGGAUUAGGUUACCCUACGGCAGAAACAAAAAGGGAGGAGGAAGAGAGAGAAUAAACCAAACCUGGUUUUGGAGUUUAAGUCAGUGGAACAGGAGGGUUUAAGAAGAAGAACAAGGACAUCCAGAGGACAGAGCGUUUAGGGGAGGCCCACCUCCAGGGAGGGAGGGCAGUGUUCACUCUGAGCCCCCGUUUGAUGAGGUACAUCUGGGCCUUAACAAGAAGGACAACUGCAUCAUGUGGGCGGUCACCCACCUGCCUGAGGAAAGCUCUACACCACUGCAUCCGAGGCCACAGGGCGUUCCACAGCCGGGCCGUCAGAGAAGGCCCAUGACGGCGCCAAAGACUCAGAACAACAAGGCGCCUAAGAGCAAGAAAGUAUUGCUGAGCAUUCUGACUGUCAUCGUGUUGCUGGGUAUACUGGUCACCGCAGGAUACUUCAUUAAAAACUUGAUUGACAGCAAAUACUACUUCUGUAAGCGUUCGGUGAGGUUCAUCCCGCUAGAACAAGCCUGUGACGGGAACGAUGACUGCACUGGAGGAGAGGAUGAACUCACAUGUGUGCUGAGCUUUAAGGUCAAUACUACCUUUCCAGUGCGUCUGAUGACUGAACAGAGCGUGCUGCAGGUGUACCGUGAAGGUUCAGGAUGGAGGAGUGUGUGCAGUGACGGAUGGACUGAGCAACACACAGAGACAGCGUGUCAACAACUGGGAUACACAAACAAACCUCAAAGCAAAAGAAUCCCAGUGGAAUCACUAACAUCUUCCAUGAAAUCUGGGCCGUUCACAUCCAUCAGACCUGGGAGUACGAGCAUACCCAUACAGCAAGCUACCACUGACCGCAGUGUUUGCUCCUCUGGAUCCGUGGUAUCAUUGUCCUGUUCAGACUGUGGCAAAGUGAACAGUCAAGAUCGUAUUGUUGGCGGUACAGAUGCUGUUAUUGAGAACUGGCCAUGGCAGGUCAGCCUGCAGCAGAAUGGCCAACAUACAUGUGGAGGUUCGCUGGUGUCACCACGUUGGGUCGUCACCGCUGCCCACUGCUUUUCACAGACAAAGAAGGAGCUGAGUCGCUGGAGAGUCGUGUCAGGUCAGACCCAUAUGAGCUUGUUGGGUGGUUCCUACGUGGACAGGAUAAUAAUGAAUGGGGACUACAGUCCUGCAACAAAUGACUAUGACAUUGCAAUGAUGAGACUUGCCAGCCCUAUAACAAUAGGAGAGGGCAGCAAGCCCGUUUGUCUGCCUCCUAGUGCCUUCGGACUUACUCCUGGAAUCUCCAUGGUUGUGACUGGCUGGGGAUACCUGGAAGAACGAGGUCAGGUUUCUUCUACGCUACAGAAGGCCUCCAUCCCUCUGAUAGACCGGGAUACAUGUUCCGAUCCAACAAUCUAUGGUAGGUCCAUAACAAGCAGGAUGAUCUGUGCUGGUUUCCUAGAAGGAAAGGUGGAUGCCUGCCAGGGAGACAGUGGGGGCCCUCUGGUAUACCUGUCCUCCUCUAAGUGGUACCUGGUAGGAGUGGUCAGCUGGGGCAUUGGGUGUGCCAGGGAGAGAAGGCCAGGUGUCUACUGUAACGUUGAAGAGAUGCUCAACUGGAUACACACAGUCAUUGAGAAACAUUCCUGAUGUCAUCCUCUCUAACAAAUAUAUACCACUAAACUAGCCUGGACACACUGA